AAACUUUGUUCCAAUUACUGUUCAGUCGUGAUUACAGUUCAGAAAGAACUCUGGGAGAAACAAUUCCUUUCACAAGGUUUUGUAUAAACAGACACCCUAAUAAUUUUUGUAUAAUAUUAUUUAAUCAUAUAAUAUCCCCAUAGCAGCCUAAGUGUUCUUUAGUGUUCUUACUUUCUCAUUUUUUUCCAGCUACAAAAUAUGCUACCUCUAACCACUCUUAUCAGAAGAAAAUCCAGUGGGUAAAUGGUGCAGUGAUUCUGAAUUUAGUGUCGCUUCCUGUGGUCCUGUUUGCUCAAGUGAUAAUGACACAGACAACAGUUAGAAGUAUAACGGUCACUACGUCCAGGCUCGCACACCUCACUUUUGGUCUCCUGUACACCUGCAGCUACAACUUCUGUUCCUUGACCAGCCUCGAGCUCAGCUCUGUGACCCACCAUUCUUGAACAAGACACAGAGUGCCUUACCUGCAUCAGCACUGGACCAAGACUUCCCAUGGCAGCUUCUCAGAGCACUCCUUGGAAAUUGAUCAGUGGCGUCUUAGGAGUAAUGUGCCUUUUGUUGAUGUCUACUUUGGCAAUUUUGUUGAGAAAUUCAUUCACUAAAAAAAGUAUUCAGCCAACAUUGUCUCCAGGAUCCACCAUAGGUCUCCAGGGAGGCUCUGGCUGCUGUUCUUGCCAUGAAAAGUGGAUUGGGUACCAGUGCAACUGUUACUUCAUUUCUAAUGAAUUAAAAAGUUGGGCAGAAAGUAGGAAUUUCUGUUCUUCUCAGAAUUCCAGUUUACUUCAGAUGCAAAAUGAAGAUGAAUUGCAUUUUAUGAACUCCAGUAAAUAUUUUUACUGGAUUGGACUCCAUUACAGUGAAGAACAUAGCGUCUGGGUGUGGGAGAACGGCUCUGCUCUGUCCCGAGAUCUAUCUCCAUUGUUUCGAACUGUAAAUACAAAGAACUGCAUUACAUACAGUGCAAGCAAAAACGUUUUGGGUGAACCCUGCAAAAAAGAGCAUCGUUUUAUCUGUAAGCAACAGCUUUUUAAAGAUGUUUCCAGGAGCGAGAAGGGUGCAAUGAAGGUCCAGUAGUAAUAAGAAUGUACCUUUGCUUCUUACAGUAUAGCUAAUUAUCUACUUCUGGUAUCUGUAAAAUGUUUCAAACUGUGUCUUAUACAAUUUUCAUACAUUUGAAACCACAAGUUUUAAAGUUGAUGAAGUUUGUACACCUACACCUGAAAUUAUAAAGCAUCAACAAAAGAAUGUCAUUAAUGUUGACUUAAUGCAUGUGUUCACUGGUGAGUUUAGCAUAUUUGUAUGCAUCUAUUUUUAUACACUUUCUCUGCAGAAAUUCAAAUAAAACAAUUCACACCAAAUAA